GCAGGGCUGCUGCUGCAGGAGAUGACCAUGGCGGGGCUGCAUGAGCUGCGCUUCACCGAGGAGAAGCCGCUGCUGCGAGGCCAGGACACUGAUCUGGAGAAUUCGGACGUGUUCCUGUCUGCCGUGGACACGGACUGGAAGGAACAUGACAUUGAGACCCCCUACGGGCUGCUGCACGUGGUCAUCCGGGGCUCCCCCAAGGGCAAUCGCCCGGCUAUCCUGACCUACCAUGAUGUUGGCCUCAACCACAAGCUGUGCUUCAAUACCUUCUUCAACUACGAGGACAUGCAGGAGAUCACGAAGCACUUUGUGGUGUGCCACGUGGAUGCGCCAGGCCAGCAGGCGGGAGCCUCACAGUUCCCGCAGGGGUACCAGUACCCGUCCAUGGACCAGCUGGCUGCCAUGUUACCCAGUGUGGUGCAGCAUUUCGGGUUCAAGUAUGUGAUUGGCAUUGGCGUGGGGGCAGGAGCCUACGUGCUGGCCAAGUUUGCGCUCAUCUUUCCCGACCUGGUGGAAGGGCUGGUCCUCAUGAACAUUGACCCCAAUGGCAAAGGCUGGAUUGACUGGGCAGCUUCCAAGCUCUCAGGCCUCACCAGCACACUGCCAGACAUGGUCCUGUCCCACCUCUUCAGCCAGGAGGAGCUGGUGAACAACACAGAGCUGGUGCAGAGUUACCGGCAGCAGAUCAGCAGUGUGGUGAACCAGUUCAACCUCCAGCUCUUCCUCAACAUGUACAACAGCCGCAGGGACCUGGACAUCAACCGGCCCGGGACCGUGCCCAAUGCCAAGACACUGCGCUGCCCUGUGAUGCUGGUGGUGGGAGACAACGCUCCCGCCGAAGAGGGGGUGGUGGAGUGUAACUCCAAGCUGGAUCCUACCAACACCACCUUCCUGAAGAUGGCUGACUCCGGUGGGCUGCCCCAGGUCACCCAGGUGAGCAACCCCCAGUUUCCCCAAUCAACUGGGUUCGCCCACCUGAAGGAUCGGAGGCUGAGUGGAGGCACAGCGACCUCCCUCACCAGCGCCAGCUCCGUGGACGGUGCCCGCCCGCGUGCCUGCACCCACUCGGAGAGCACCGAGGCCAUGGGGCAGAUCAACCACACCAUGGAGGUAUCGUGCUGAGGCUCAUGCCUGCCGCCGCUGCCAAUGUCGCCUCCAGAGCCAUUGUUCAUCCGUCAGCGUCCCGCCAGCCCCUGCCCGCCUCGCGGAUGCCCUCCACCAGGGCCUGCCACUCCCUCGGGGUUGAUUCGUCUUCUUUGCCUUGGGCUUUUCUCUCCUCGCUGGGCACCGGAGGAGGAGGGGGCUCCACUUUGCCGCCCCCUGGCUCCGGUGCCCAGCUUAGCAGCAGACACACACCCUUCCGUCUUGCUCCUCAUCCUCCCCGGUAUCCAUUUGGCCCUGGCUUGCGAGGGAGGGUGGUGAGACAAGGGCAGGAUAGUGGGAUGGUGGCAGGACGUGGAGAGGAGAUGGGAGGGCGGAUGGGCUCCCGAGGCAGCCCUAGGGCCAGCCAAGCUGGAAGGAAACUGGGGCCAGGGAGCGGCACUGGAUCGGCCCACAGCAUGGCCCAGCACUUGGUUUUGGGGUUGUUUGGGGGGAACUCCUGCUGGGAGCUCGCUGGGCCCUUCCCAAGUAGCUGGCCCUGUUUCCCUUCCUCACAGCCCUCCACUAGCAUGGCAUUGCCCAGCACAGUCAGGUUCAGCUGCCAUGGAGUCCAAAUUUCCCUGUGCCCUGGCCCAGGCUGGGUCCCCAGUGGGCUGCCCUGGGGCCAUAGGGCUCCAGCUCAGCUCUGUCAGGCCCUGGGAGCCGCCAGGGCAUGAGUGUGGCCUGCGAGGCCCUAUGCCCCAGCCCCUUGCCUGCAGCAGGCACUUCCUUGGCCCCGUUUUUGUUGCAAGAAA